CUCGUCCUCCUCCUCCUCCCCGGGGCGGAGGAAGGCAGCGCCCGCAGCUGGCACUGCAGGCGGCGGCCGGGGGGAAGCGGCUGCUCCGGAGUCUGAUUUCCAGCCUUGUUUAUUAAUAACCCCUCUCCGCCCCAUGCUAAGCCCAUGUGCAGCGCAGAGCCGGCGGCGCUGGGCUCCAGGGGAGGAAGGGACCUGAUGGCACAGCCCCAGCCCCCUCCAGAGCUGCAGCUGGAUGAAGCCAGAGCAUCCCCAGCCCCUCAGGGAGCAGAUGAAGGAGGUGCUCCACACCCACAAUGUCCUCACACCCCCUUGGAUCCAGCAGGGAAUGGAUCUAAACCCCUGCACAGGGACAGCCCAGACUCCAACCAGGAGCUGCAGGCAGCCAGCAGGGAUCCUUCUUUGGAGAAAGAUCCACCAGGAACCCAGGAUGCAACCAGGGCUGGGAUCCCACUGGGUGUGGACGCGGCAGGAGUCCCGCUGGACGUGGAUGAAGAUGGGACAGGAAUCCCACUGGACAUGGAUGAAGAUGGAGUAGAGAUUCCACUGGACGUGGAUACAAGAGGGGCAGGGACCCCAGGGGAUGUGGAUACAGCAGGAAUUCUGCUGGAUGUGGAUGAAGGUGGGACAGGGAUCCCACUGGAUGUGGAUGAAGGUGGAGCAGGGAUCCCACUGGAUGUGGAUGAAGGUGGGGCAGGGAUCCCACUGGAUGUGGAUGAAGGUGGGACAGGGAUCCCCCUGGAUGUGGAUGAAGGUGGGACAGGGAUCCCCCUGGCCAUGGACACAGCCAUCCCAGACAACGCAGACGGGGCAGGGAUCCCGCUGGACAUGGACACAGAGGGAGCAGGCAACCCUCUGGAUGCUGAUACCACAGAGCACCAAUGCCUGACCCUGGAAGAGCUGGGGAAUUAUUUCCAGGAGUGCAUUGAGAUCGUGGAGCAGCUGGAGAAGGAGAGGGACAACCUGAUCUCCGAGCUGGCACAGCUGCGCGAGCCGGCGCUGCAGGAGAUCCGCCAUGCCCACGAGGAGAUCCAGGCAGCCUGCAGGCUGCUGGCCAAGGUGGAGCUGGAGAGGGACAACCUGCGAGAUGAGAUCCGCCAGAUCAAGCAGAAACUCUUCAAGGUGACCAAGGAAUGCGUGGCCUGCCAGUACCAGCUGGAGAGCCGCCGGCACGACCUCUCCCAGCACGCUGCCUACCAGGGAGAGCUGGAGAGCCAGGCUGGGCAGCUCUCGGGGGAACUGUCCCAGCUCAAGGAGACCUGUGAGAAGGAGAAGGAAGUUCUGAGGCAGCGCCUGGAGGCUCCUCCCUGCCGGCAGGACAACCUGUACCUCCAGGAGAGCCGCCGGCUUUCCGUGGAGUUCGAGAGUUUCGUGGCGCAGAGCCGGCGGGGGCUGGAGGAGCACUACGAGCCUCAGCUGCUGCGGCUGCUGGAGAGGAGAGAGGCCGGGGCCAGGGCGCUGCAGGAGAUGCAGGGGGAGAUCCAGGGCAUGAAGGAAGCCCUGAGGCCCUUGCAGGGUGAGGUCAGCCGGCUGAGGCUGCAGAAUCGCAGCCUGGAGGAGCAGAUCGUCCUGGUCAAGCAGAAAAGGGAUGAGGAGGUCGGGCAGUACCGGGAGCAGGUGGAGGAGCUGGAGGACAGGCUGAAGGAGCUCAAGAACGGGGUCCAGCUCCAGCAGCGCAAGAACCAGGAGCUGGAGGAGCUCAGGACCAGCCUCCACCGGGAGCUCUCCAUCUACAAGAGCUGCUUAGAAAUCUACGGCCACCUCUGCAAAUCAGAGGAAAAAGCAGAGCAGGACUGUUAGAAUAUGGAAUUUUCCUCUUUGUAGCAAAAAAACCUGUGGUCAGAGGAUUCAAGGGAUGUCUCCUCCUGCUGCUUUACCCUGCCUGGUGUGCAGCAGCUGCCUGGAGCCAGGAAUACCAGACAAUCCUUUCCCUGGGUAUUUCCCCAGGUACUGCUGUGCUUGUGUAACAAAACUGCUUUUCCCCAGAGGAGCUGAAAAUUGGAUAUGGAUGAGGACAAACUGAUUGUUUUGCUGUGUUUUGAGAAAAUGUUUUCUUGGUCCAGAUUGUUGCACAGAAAGUUCUGGAAGCUGGUGGUAAAGGGGGUUGACUUUUAACGUUUACAUGCAAGAGAAGCUUUCUCCUUUGAAGAGGAUUUUCUUUUGUAUUUCAAAAGUUUCUGCUGUAUUGGGGCAUGCUCCAGAGAAAUGAGGUGGUGGGGAAGAGGUUUCCACUUUAUAUCGAGUCUCACACUGAAAAUAAAAGGUCAGAGUUUAAGGA